UCCACCUGUUCUGCCAAAUGUUGUAUUGGUGUGAAAGCGCAGAUUAAUGAUUUAUUAAUCUUUGGAUUAUAAAUAAGAGAGAGAGACAUCCGAGACAUCAGAGCGUUCAGACACACCGACAUCUGGAUUUGCAUCGGCAGAAAUCUGACAAUGAAGCUGGUAUCAGUCGUCUUCCUCCUCCUGGCUCCUCAGUUGAGCAGCUGCCAGGAGCUCGUCCUCCCACUGGACUGCAGUGACAUCUAUAACCAUGACAACAGCCAACCCAGUGGAGUGUACACCAUCUAUCCCAUCGGAGCCACCUCUGCUGUCCAGGUGUACUGUGACAUGGACUCACUAGGAGGACGGUGGACGGUGUUCCAGAGGAGGAUGGACGGCACCGUGAACUUCUACAGGGGCUGGGAUCAGUACAAGAUGGGCUUUGGUAGCGCUGCUGGAGAGUACUGGCUCGGUCUUGAGACUCUCUUCCACCUGACUCUGAGGAAGAAGUACGAGCUGCUGGUCGACAUGGAGGACUUCAGUGGAAACAAAACGUUCGCUCGUUACUCCUCGUUCUCCAUCGACUCAGAGUCCUACGGAUACAGACUGAAUGUAUCUGGAUUCAGUAAUGGAGGGGCAGGUGAGGAAGCAGCAGAAGUACUUUUGUGUUUUACUGAGUUUCCACAGGAAGGUGAUUUUCCCUAAAGUCUCUCUGAAUAA